AUGAGUUUGAAGAGUAAGAGUCGAGCUCAAAGAUUACGAGCUAAGUUAAAUCAGAUUUAUCACUAUUGUUUUGUGCAGGUUAUACGUGUGAUCUCUGUAGUUGUGAUAUUGGGAACACUAGCAGAAUGCAGAAUACCAAGUAUUAGUAAAUUGAAUAACUUUGAUUAUCCAGCUAUCAAUUGCAGAAAACACAGUGCAGUUUUGACAGAUUUUGGUGGUGUUGGUGAUGGAAAAACCCUUAACACAAAGGCAUUUAAUUCAGCAAUAACCAAUCUUAGCCAAUAUGCAAAUGAUGGUGGUGCACAACUUAUUGUUCCACCAGGUAAAUGGCUAACUGGAAGCUUCAAUCUCACAAGCCAUUUCACUCUUUUUCUCCAAAAAGAUGCUGUCAUUCUUGCAUCUCAGUAUGAAUCCGAUUGGCCUCAACUUCCUGCUUUACCAUCUUAUGGAAGAGGAAGAGAAAAGCCUGGUGGAAGGUUUAGCAGUCUCAUUUUUGGAACUAACCUCAUUGAUGUUAUUAUUACUGGUAACAAUGGGACAAUUGAUGGACAAGGAUCUACUUGGUGGGACAAGUUCCAAAAGAAACAAUUGAAAAUCACUAGGCCAUAUAUGAUUGAGAUUAUGUAUUCUGAUCAAAUCCAAAUAUCAAAUCUCACUUUGGUCAAUUCCCCUUCUUGGUUUGUACAUCCAGUUUACAGCAGUAACAUAAUUAUAAACGGACUUACAAUUCUUGCACCAGUGGACGUUCCAAACACAGAUGGCAUAGACCCAGAUUCAUCUACAAAUGUUCUGAUUGAAGACAACUACAUUGUUUCUGGUGAUGAUUGUAUUGCAAUUAAAAGUGGAUGGGAUGAGUAUGGAAUCAAAGUUGGCAAGCCAUCACAAAAUAUAAUCGUAAGAAGGCUAACAUGUAUAUCCCCUAAAAGUGCUUUGGUUGCAUUAGGCAGUGAAAUGUCAGGUGGAAUCCAAGAUGUAAGAAUUGAAGACGUCACGGCAAUCAAUACAGAAUCAGCUGUUAGGAUCAAAUCUGCCGUCGGUAGAGGUGCUUUUGUGAAGGACAUUUUUGUCAAAGGAAUGGAUUUGAAUACAUUGAAAUAUGUGUUUUGGAUGACAGGUUCUUAUGGAGAUCAUCCUGAUAACGGAUUUGAUCCAAACGCAUUGCCUAAAAUUAGUGGAAUAAAUUAUAGAGAUGUCACCGCUAAGAAUGUGACUAUUGCGGGCAAAGUUGAAGGAAUUUCUAACGACCCUUUUACUGGAAUAUGUGUUUCUAAUGUGACUAUUGAAAUGAGUGCACAUAAGAAGAAACUUCCAUGGAAUUGCACUGAUAUUUCUGGAGUUACAAGUAAUGUGGUUCCUAAACCAUGUGAACUGCUGAAAGAGAAGGAAAUUGAAUGUCCUUUUCCAAGAGAUAAACUACCCAUUGAAAAUGUUCAAUUCAAGACUUGCAACUUCCAAAGUAGUGUCUUCUGAUAAUGUGGAUGUAAAAAUUGAAAUUUAAUGCUAUUGUUUUUUUUUUUUUUUUUGAGGGAGCUUUAAUGCUAUUGUUGUUAGGACAUCAAAUGCUAUUUUCUUCCAUAAGGAUAUAGUAUAUGGAAUCUAAGUUUUGAAAAGUAAUGAAUAAUACCACUAUUUUACUGAUC